GCCGCGCGCACUCCGCCGAGUUGUUUACAUGCAGCCAUGGCGGACGUGCUGGACAUCGAGAACGCCGAGGAGUUCGAGGUGGACGAGGAUGGCGACCAGGGUCUUGUCAAGCUCAAGGAGAGGGCCAAGAAACGGAAGGGCCGUGGGUUUGGUGGCGAGGACCGCUCCGAGCGAGAAGACAUCCACUAUGAGGGCAUGGAAGUAGAUGGAGCAGAUGAUGAGCCGGGACCUCAAAGAUCUGUGGAAGGAUGGAUUCUCUUCGUCACAGGUGUUCACGAAGAGGCACAAGAAGAUGACAUUCACGACAAAUUCUCAGAGUUCGGAGAGAUAAAAAAUAUCCACCUGAACCUUGACCGUCGUACAGGUUUCCUGAAGGGCUAUGCAUUGGUAGAAUUUGAGACCUUCAAAGAGGCACAAGCAGCUCUGGAUGGUCUAAAUGGCUCUGUAAUCCUAGGUCAGACAAUCUCCGUGGAAUGGUGUUUUGUUAAAGGGCCAAGAAAGAACAAAAAGGAAAGGAGGAGACGCUGAGAGUCAAAGCUGCUAGCCUGAACUGAAUACUUGUUUGGAUUUGCUGCCAUUUUUCU